AUGAUUGAUGUACUUCCAAAGGGAAGAAUAUUGAUGCAGCAUAGGGAGUCUCAGGGAAAUCGGGACACGACGACGUACACCACCAUACCUGAUCACAACAUUCAGUCAACGGCGCAAAGCAUGGCUCAGGCCCUUCCCACCAACGAGCACCUCCACCGCGAGAUAGGCAACGAUGACUGCUCCCCUGAUUGGCGGGUGCAGUUCUACGUGUCCCCUUACGUCCGCACCCAAUCGACGUUAUGCGAUCUUAGAAGGUGUUUGUUGAAGAAGAGGAUCAUCAGUGUGAGGGAAGAGUCACGAAUUCGAGAACGAGAUUUUGAGAAUUUUCAGGUGAAAAGGGAGAUGAAGAUAAACCCAAUUAAUGAUAACACCUAUUCCACAGUUUUUGAGGAAAAACUACAAGUGAAGAAAAGAUGUGAUGAAGACUCUUCCACUUAUUGA